AUGUCUGCUCACUUGGGCACCCCUGGUUCUCUGCCUCGUGACUACGCAAUUCUUUCUCAUUUUGUGGCCUCUACGGUGCAUGACGUGGAGGAUCAGACACAGAAGAAGCCGCAGAACAGAACUGUAGACUCUCAAACAGGGAGUGGGGCGGCUCCGCGGGCCAGUAUUCGUAUCAUCCCCUCAGCACCAGCAGUAACAACCAUUAUGCCAACGGAGAAUACUCCUCUACUCUCGACGCCAAUUCCUUGCAUAGCAGAAGAUGUGAAAUUUUCAAACGAAAGGGACGGCCUUGACACUUGGGAGAUAUUCCGGGAGGAACUUGUCAUCCUGAUGAAGUACAGUUCGCCCGUUUUUAUCACUCAUGUGUUCGAGUAUAGCUUAAUUGUGGCUUCCGUAGUGUCUAUCGGGCACUUGUCCACGGUAGCACUUGCUGCUGCAACAUUAGGUUCCAUGACUGCGAGUGUAUCAGGCUACUCGAUCGUGCAAGGUUUUGCAUCUACUCUUGACACACUUCUCCCUGCGGCAUGGACAUCUAGUCAACCGCAACUGGUUGGUUUAUGGAGCCAACGCAUGCUUGUUGUGACAGUCGCAACCCUUAUGCCAGUUCUUAUGAUUUGGUUCAAUGCUGAAUCAAUUUUACUCCUGCUCAGACAGGAUCCUGAAGUUGCGCACCUAGCUGGUGUUUACUUAAAAUGGGCAUCUUUGGGGCUCCCAGCAUAUACUUUCAACUGUAUUUCGCGGCGCUACUUCCAAUCUCAAGGACUUUUCGCUGUACCAACUAAGAUCAUUCUGGCGGUAGCGCCGAUCAAUGCCCUGUUGAAUUACGUUCUUGUGUGGGGUCCUGAACCAGUCAGGAUUGGUUUCAUCGGAGCCCCAAUUGCCACCGCUAUUUCCUUCAACCUUAUUUCAAUCGCAUCAGUGAUCUACGGCAUUUUCCAUGUCGAGAAAACCGCCUGGUAUCCUAUCUCAAGGCGCAGCUUUACUGGCUUAGGUCUUCUGGUGCAACUGGGACUCGCUGGCGUUGGCCAGACCGCGUCUGAAUGGUGGUCAUGGGAGCUUAUCGGUCUGGCCGCUAGUUUGCUUGGUCCUGUUACCCUAGCUACCCAAUCCGUUCUGCUCAUCUCAGCAUCCUGUACAUACCAAGCUCCUUUCGCCCUGGCCGUAGCAACGUCUGUGCGAAUUGGGAAUCUUCUAGGCGAAAAGCGAGCCAGGCGCGCUGGUGUCUCUGCAAACACCGCGGUUGUUCUUGCAGUUGCCAUUGCUGUAGUAUGGAGCGUUCUGUUCAUGUCGUUCAGGAAGUCGUGGGCGUAUAUCUUCAAUGAUGACCCCGAAAUUGUAACUCUGGUGGCAUCGAUUUUGCCACUUGUUGCUGUAUUCCAAGUGUUCGAUGGGACUAGCGCUGUUGCCGGUGGUAUUUUGCGAGCACGAGGCAAACAAUUCACAGGCGCACUUCUCAACCUCAGUGCCUACUACGUCAUUGGCAUUCCAUUUGGUAUUUGGUUGGCUUUCAAGAAGGAUAUGGGUCUAGUAGGUCUAUGGCUGGGGCUCACAGUUUCCCUCGUCUAUUGCUCCGCCUGGGGCAUCUAUAUGUGCAUCACAGCGGACUGGCAGAAAGAGGUGAGAAAAGUUUUGGAUAGGCUGGCUGUGGAGAGUAAAAACGCAGACCAUAUUGACUCGGAGGAAAAUGAAGAAUCGCGCUUCUGA